AUGAAGCCUUUACUCAACAUCUUCAUAAUAAUCGCCAUCCUCAAGGACACGAUUGUGCAGGCUCAUAUGCAACUCUACUUCCCGCCUCCUUUCGCUGCCGCCAACAAUCCACAUGUCACUGAGACUCCGUACCCCUACCUGGACUAUCCCUACAAUUGCUGCGGCAGCAAGACUCCGUUCCCUUGCAAAGGCUUCCUCAACCAUCUCAACACCACGCAGGGCCAACCAGUUGUCUCCUGGCCCGCUGGUUCCGAGCAAAACUUCAGCCUAACCGGGUCGGGCAACCACUAUGGCGGAUCGUGCCAAGUGGGCUUCAGCGUCGAUGAGGGGAAGUCGUGGAGGGUCGUAAAAAGCUUCGAGGGUAACUGUCCGUACAGAGAUGGCGGAACGGAUCCAGAAAAGCAGACGUUUGGGUUUCGUGUGCCAAGCGAUACUCCUGUGGGGAAGCAGGUGUUCGCCCGGACGUCGGUUAAUCGGAAACAGGAGUUUAAUAUGCUAUGUGUAGCUGUGAGAAUUACAGCUCCAGAUGAAGACGUGAGUGGUGGAAGCGAUAACGAGGGCCGUCGUCGCCGCAUGUGGAUUCGGCCAGAUAAACCUCAGCAUCACAGACCUGAUACUCCUCUAUGCUGGUGUAGGGAUGACGGCUCGAGAAUCGAAAAUCCCACCAAAAACAUCACUGCAGACAGUGCUGGCAGUGCCAACAAUACAGAGCCAUCCAUUAGAGAGGCGAUUUCUUUCAGAGACCCUACGGCAGUCAAAAACCAAAAAGAAGGCGGAAGUUGA